AUGGCCGGUCAAAACCAACAACGCAUCGUCAUUUUUGGAAGCAUCGUUCAGGAUCUCGUGAGGUGCCGUUCCGAUGACUAAACUCUCUUCAGAUCCAUACAUUUUCAGCUACACGGAUCGGUUCCCGCGUCCCGGCGAGUCUGUGCGCGGCAACCUUUUCAAGGCUGGCUCCGGCGGGAAGGGGGCCAAUCAGGCGGUCGCCGCCGCCCGUCUCGGAGCCAACGUGGCAAUGAUCGGAAUGGUCGGAGAGGACAUGUUCGGUGACUCGAACAUCAAGGAUCUGAGUGCGAACGGAGUGGAUACGAGUUGUGUGGGACGCUCGAAAAACACGCACACGGCGACAGCAACGAUCACGGUGAACAAGGAAGGUGAGCGAGCCAUUGUGCGGUGUUCCCCGCAUUCAUCCAUUCCUCUUCUCGGAAAAGUGUUACUUUCACGACGACGAGAACGAGGACGCCAAAAUUGUUUUCGUGUCGGGAGAAACCUUGAGCGGUGGUGAUUUAACGCGCGAAUGUUGCAGCCGAGAACAACAUCGUCGUCACGCUCGGAGCGAAUCUCGAACUGUGUCCGGCGGUGGCCGACGCGAACAUUCCACUGAUCGCCGCGUCUCGGAUGGUCAUUUGUCAGGGCGAGAUUGACGAAAUAGGAAAUCGACGGGCGUUCGAGAUUGCCAGAGAGCACGGAGUCACCACGUUCCUGAACCCGGCUCCAGGCGACGCGAACAUGGACAAGAGCAUCCUGUCCCUCGUGGACAUUAUCUGUACUAAUGAGAACGAGGUACACAUGCUUUGCAUAUUUCAUUACUAAUUUCAAUUUCGCUUUCGUUUUCAAUUUCAGGCCGAAUUCAUCACAGGAAUCGCCCAAAAUAGCGUGGAAGACGCUGAGAAAGCGGCGAGAGCGAUGCUCGAAAUGGGUCCGCAGCAUGCGAUUGUGACUCUCGGUUCCAAAGGUGAAAUGCUUGUUUUUGAAACGAGCUCUUCUGAGAAACGACUCGAUUUCAGGUGUACUUCUGGCGACCAAAGGUAUCGAACGCAUCGAGCGUAUUGCCGUUGGAAAAGUCGAAGCGGUCGACACAACGGUUGAAUUAUUCACUAUUUCUGGAGAUUAACUCUUCACUUUCAGGGCGCCGGGGACUGUUUUUGUGGAUCGCUCGCCGCCCUUCUGGUGGCCGGACAUCCGAUUUCCGUUUCCGUUCGAUCGGCUGCCAACCUGGCAACUCUGUCGGUCACCCGCCAGGGAACUCAGGCCAGUUACUGGAAAAUAGAGGAGAUCCGGUCUAAACAUCCCAACUCCCUGCCGUGA